AUGCAAGGUGGCGCAGCUGAAGGGGAAGCCUUGGAUUUCGAGCCUGAGGACGAUGACUUGAUGGACGAGGACGGCGCUCCCGACGCGGACGCUUCUCCGCCUCACCCUAAGCUCAAAUCCGCCAUCACCGCUGCCGCUUCCUCUCUCUCCGCUCCUAAGAAGACCAAGGGUCGUGGGUUCCGUCAGGACACCGACACCAACCGCACCACUCGCCUAUCUGGCUCUGACUUCGACUCUCUCACCACCGAGGGCGGCCCUGGCCCUCAGAGAUCCAUUGAAGGAUGGAUCAUUCUGGUCACCGGCGUGCACGAGGAAGCGCAGGAGGAUGAUUUGCAAAACGCUUUUGGUGAAUACGGGGAGAUUAAGAACCUGCAUUUGAACCUCGAUCGCCGCACUGGUUUUGUCAAAGGUUAUGCACUGAUUGAAUAUGAGCGCGCAGAAGAAGCUCGGAAUGCAAUAGAGAAUUUGAAUGGAUCUGAGCUUCUCACCCAAACCAUUUAUGUUGACUGGGCCUUCAGCAGUGGACCUAUUAACGAGUCAAUCAGAAGAAAGAAUGUUAGACCACCUCGCGAACGUCGCUCCAGGAGUCCCCGGAGGAGAUAUUGA